AUGGCCGAUGAAGCUGCUCGCCGUUCACAAUAUGAAUAUAAAGCUAAUUCUAAUCUUGUCUUACAAGUUGAUAAAUCUUUAAUUGAUCGACGUGGACGUAAUGAAGCGACCGGUGAAGUACUUUCUCUUACAGGUCAUUUAAAAGGUACUAAAAUGGGUGAUCGUGCUCAACGUACUCGACCAGAACGUAGUAAUAAAAAACAAAAAAAAGAUGAAGAUCAUUCAUCAAAAUAUGAUUUCGGACGAUUUAAAGGUCAAACAUUACUUGGUGAUUCAGCUGAUGAUGCAUCAAGUAUAUUAUAUCGACCAAAAACUCAAGAAACUAAACAAACAUAUGAAGUUUUACUUGGUUUUAUACAAGAAGCUAUUGGUGAUCAAGCACGAAGUAUUCUAUGUGGUGCAGCUGAUGAAGUUUUAAUUGUACUUAAAAAUGAUAAAUUACGUGAUAAAGAUCGUAAAAAUGAAAUUGAAACAUUAUUAAGUACAAAAAUUCCUGAACAACGUUUUGCAUUUCUUGUUAACCUUGGAAAAAAAAUUACUGAUUGGUCAACAGAUGAUAAAACUGGAAAAGAAGAAGAAGAAAUUGAUGAAACAUAUGGUGUUAAUGUUGAAUUUGAAGAUUCAGGUAAUGAAGAUGAAGGUGAUGAUAAUGAAGUACGUGAAGAUGAAGAAGGUGAUCUAUCAGAAGGUGAAGAAGCAAAAAUGGAUUAUACAAUUCAAGAAAAAACUUUUAAUAAAACGAAUGCAAAUGAUGAUUUCACUCGUCCAAGUAAAGCAUUACAACCACAUUCAAUAGAUGCAUUUUGGUUACAAAGAAAUUUAAGUAAAGUUUAUGCUGAAGCAACUGAUGCAAAAUUAAAAGCACAAGAAGUUCUUGAAAUUCUUAAAACAGCAUCUGAUGAUAGAGAAUUAGAAAAUCAACUUGUACUUUUACUUGGUUAUGGUCAAUUUGAUUUUAUUAAAACUUUAAGAACACAUCGACAUAUGAUUCUGUAUUGUACAUUACUUGCUUCAUCACAAAGUGCAUCGGAAAAAGCAAAAAUUGAAGAAAAAAUGAAAAAUGAUCCAGAUUUAGUUUGGAUUUUACAAGCUUUAUCAGAAACUGAUCGAAGUGAUGCAGUACAGGAUGAUCGUGAACGUCGUGUAUCAUCAAAAAAAAAUCGAGGUGAAGAUGGAGAUCAAGAUGCAAUGGAAACAGAAAAUGGAACUACUGAAACGAUUAGUAAUCCACAACAUGUUGUUAAUUUGGAAGAUCUUGUAUUUGCACAAGGAAGUCAUUAUAUGGCUAAUAAAAGUUGUCGAUUACCUGAUGGUUCAUAUCGAUUACAAAAGAAAGGUUAUGAAGAAGUACAUGUACCUGCUUUGAAACCAUCAGCACUUGAUCCCGGAGAGGUUCUUUAUCCAAUUUCAAAUUUACCUAAAUAUGCACAACCAGCAUUUGAUGGUUAUAAAGUAUUAAAUCGUAUUCAAACACGUAUGGUUAAAGCAGCAUUAGAAUCUGAUGAAAAUAUUUUAUUAUGUGCACCAACAGGUGCUGGUAAAACAAAUGUUGCAUUACUUUGUAUUUUACGUGAAAUUGGUAAACAUGUUAUGUCAGAUGGUACAAUAAAUGUUGAUGAAUUUAAAAUGAUUUAUAUUGCACCAAUGAGAUCACUUGUACAAGAAGUUGUUGGAAAUUUUACUAAACGUUUAAAUCCAUUUGGAUUAAAAGUUGCAGAAUUAACUGGUGAUCAUCAAUUAUCACGUGAACAAAUUAAUGAAACACAAUUAAUUGUUUGUACACCAGAAAAAUGGGAUAUUAUAACACGUAAAGGUGGUGAACGUUCUUAUACACAAUUAGUACGUUUAAUUAUACUUGAUGAAGUACAUUUAUUACAUGAUGAUCGUGGUCCUGUACUUGAAGCUGUUAUUGCACGUACAAUACGUACAAUUGAAACAACACAAGAUGCUGUACGUUUUGUUGGUUUAAGUGCAACAUUACCUAAUUAUGAAGAUAUAGCUACAUUUCUUAAUGUUAAACGUGAAGGUUUAUUUCAUUUUGAUAAUAGUUAUAGACCUGUACCACUUGAACAACAAUAUAUUGGUAUAACAGAAAAAAAAGCUAUUAAACGUUUUCAAAUUAUGAAUGAUCUUGUUUAUGAUAAAGUUAUGGAACAUGCUGGAAAAAAUCAAGUAUUAAUUUUUGUACAUUCAAGAAAAGAAACAGGAAAAACAGCAAGAGCUAUACGUGAUGCUUGUUUAGAAAAAGAUACAAUUGGUGCAUUUCUUAAAGACGGUUCAGCUUCACAAGAAAUUCUUCGAACUGAAGCUGAACAAACAAAAAAUUUAGAAUUAAAAGAUUUAUUUCCAUAUUCAUUUGCUAUACAUCAUGCUGGUAUGAAUCGUGCUGAUCGUACAUUAGUUGAAGAUCUUUUUGCUGAACGACAUAUACAAAUACUUGUAUCAACAGCUACACUUGCUUGGGGUGUUAAUUUACCAGCACAUACAGUUAUUAUUAAAGGUACACAAGUUUAUAAUCCAGAAAAAGGUCGUUGGACAGAAUUAGGUGCACUCGAUGUUAUGCAAAUGCUUGGUCGUGCUGGUCGUCCACAAUAUGAUACUCGUGGUCAAGGUAUUUUAAUUACUAGUCAUAGUGAAUUACAAUAUUAUUUAUCAUUAAUGAAUCAACAACUUCCAAUUGAAAGUCAAAUGAUUUCAAAAUUAGUUGAUAAUCUUAAUGCUGAAAUUGUUCUUGGUACAGUACAAAAUAUUCGUGAAGCAGCUGAAUGGCUUAGUUAUACAUAUUUAUAUGUUCGUAUGAUAAAAGAACCACAAUUAUAUGGUGUAUCAAAUGAAUCAUUACUUGUUGAUAAAUAUCUUCUUCAACGACGUUUAGAUUUAAUACAUUCAGCUGCUAUACAAUUAGAUAAAUCUCAUUUAAUACGUUAUGAUCGUAAAACAGGUAAUUUUCAAGUAACUGAACAUGGUCGUAUAGCAAGUCAUUAUUAUUGUACACAUGAAACAAUUGCUAUGUAUAAUCAAUUAUUAAAGCCAACAUUAAGUGAAAUUGAUUUAUUUCGUAUAUUUUCAUUAUCAUCAGAAUUUCGUCAUCUAACUGUACGUGAAGAAGAAAAAAUUGAAUUACAAAAAUUACUUGAACGUGUUCCAAUACCAGUUAAAGAAAGUAUUGAUGAACCAAGUGCUAAAAUUAAUGUUCUUUUACAAGCAUAUAUAUCACAAUUAAAACUUGAUGGAUUUGCUUUAAUGGCUGAUAUGGUUUAUAUAACACAAAGUGCUGGUAGAUUAAUGAGAGCUAUAUAUGAAAUGGUUUUACAACGUGGAUGGGCACAAUUAGUUGAUAAAACUUUAAGUUUAUCAAAAAUGAUUGAUAAACGAAUGUGGCAAAGUAUGUGUCCAUUAAGACAAUUUAAAAAGAUACCAGAAGAAAUUAUUCGAAAAAUUGAAAAGAAAAAUUUAUCUUGGGAUAGAUUUUAUGAUUUAGAUGCACAUGAAAUUGGUGAAUUGGUUCGUGCACCAAAAGUUGGAAAAACAAUAUAUAAAUAUAUUCAUCAUAUACCAAAAUUAGAAUUAUCUGUACAUGUUUUACCAAUAACACGAUCAACAUUAAAAAUUGAAUUAACUAUAACACCAGAUUUUCAAUGGGAUGAUAAAAUUCAUGGAAUGGCAGAACCUUUUUGGAUUUUAGUUGAAGAUGUUGAUUCAGAAAUUUUACUUCAUCAUGAAUAUUUUCUUCUUAAAAAAAAAUAUUGUGAAGAUGAACAUUAUGUAAAAUUUUUUGUUCCUGUAUUUGAAACAUUACCACCACAAUAUUUUAUUCGUGUUAUAUCUGAUAAAUGGAUAGCAUCAGAAACUCAAGUUGCUGUUUCAUUUCGUCAUUUAAUAUUACCAGAAAAACAUCCAGCACCAACAGAACUUCUUGAUUUACAACCAUUACCUGUUAAUGCAUUAAGAAAUUCAAAAUAUGAAGAUUUAUAUAAUUUUAAAUUUUUUAAUGGAAUUCAAACUCAAGUUUUUAAUACAUUAUAUAAUACAGAUGAUAAUGUAUUUCUUGGCGCAUCAACAGGUUCUGGAAAAACAAUUUGUGCUGAAUUUGCCAUAUUAAGAUUAUUUUCAAAUGAAAAAUUAAAAGAAAAUCCCGAACCAAAAUGUGUUUAUGUUACACCAAAAGAAGAAUUAGCUGAAAUAGUACGACAAGAUUGGGAUCGACGUUUUGCAACAAUUGGUCGAAAAGUUGUUAUGCUUACUGGUGAAACAGCUACAGAUCUUAAAUUAAUUGCUAAAGGUCAUAUUAUUAUUUCAACACCAGAAAAAUGGGAUAUAUUAUCACGUCGAUGGAAACAAAGAAAAAAUGUUCAAAAUGUUAAUUUAUUUAUGGUAGAUGAUUUACAUGUUAUUGGUUCAGAUGAUGGACCUGUUCUUGAAGUUAUUUGUUCUCGUAUGCGUUAUAUGAGUUCACAAAUUGGACGAAAUAUUCGUAUAGUAUCUAUGGCUACAUCUAUACUUAAUGCAAAAGAUAUUGCACAAUGGCUUGGUUGUAGUACAAAUGCAACAUUUAAUUUUCGACCAAGUGUUCGACCAGUUCAACUUGAAUUACAUAUUCAAGGUUUUAAUAUGACACAUAAUGCAUCACGUUUAAUUGCCAUGGCAAAACCUGUUUAUCAAGCAAUAAAUCGUCAUUCAUCAAAUCAUCCAGUUAUUGUUUUUGUUCCAUCACGUAAAUUAUCACGUAUGACAGCAAUUGAUAUAUUAACAUUUGCUGCUGCUGAACAAAAACAAGAUCGAUUUUUACAUAUAUCAACAAAUGAAAUUGAACCAUUUACAAAGGAACUUGAAGAUCAAACAUUAAAAGAAACUGUUCUACGUGGUGUUGCUUAUUUACAUGAAGGUUUAAAUCAUAAAGAUCGUACAAUUAUUGAAGAAUUAUAUACAGCUGGUGCUUUACAAGUUUGUAUUGUAUCACGUAGUAUGUUAUGGACAUUAAAUUUAUUUUCAUAUUUGGUUAUUAUUAUGGAUACACAAUAUUAUAAUGGACAAGAUCAUACAUAUGAUGAUUAUCCUAUAAGUGAUAUUUUACAAAUGAUUGGUCGUGCUAAUCGUCCAUUAAAAGAAACUGAUGCUAAAGUUGUAUUAAUGUGUUUAUCAUCAAAAAAAGAUUUUUUUAAAAAAUUUCUUUAUGAACCAUUACCUAUUGAAUCACAUCUUGAUCAUUGUUUACAUGAUCAUUUUAAUGCUGAAAUUGUAACAAAAACAAUUGAAAAUAAACAAGAUGCUGUUGAUUAUUUAACAUGGACAUUAAUUUAUAGACGUAUGACACAAAAUCCAAAUUAUUAUAAUUUACAAGGUGUUUCACAUCGACAUUUAUCUGAUCAUUUAUCAGAAUUAGUUGAAAAUACAUUAAAUGAUCUUGAACAAUCAAAAUGUAUUACAAUUGAAAAUGAAAUGGAUACAUCACCACUUAAUCUUGGAAUGAUUGCUGCUUAUUAUUAUAUUAAUUAUCGAACAAUUGAAUUAUUCAGUAAAUCAUUAACAUCAAAAACAAAAAUUAAAGCAUUACUUGAUAUUGUUGCUAAUGCAGCUGAAUAUGAACGUAUUCCAAUUCGACAUCAUGAAGAUAAUAUUUUAAAACAGCUUGCUACACGUUUACCAAAUAAAUUAAAUAAUGUUAAAUUUAAUGAUCCACAUGUUAAAGCAAAUCUUUUACUUCAAGCACAUUUAUCACGUAUUCAAUUAUCAGCUGAACUUCAAAAAGAUACUGAUGAAAUUUUAAUAAAAGCUAUUCGACUUAUACAAGCAUGUGUUGAUGUAUUAAGUUCAAAUGGUUGGUUAUUACCAGCAUUAGCUGCUAUGGAAUUAGCACAAAUGGUUACACAAGGCAUGUGGAAUAAAGAUCCAUAUUUAAGACAAUUACCACAUUUUACAUCAGAAAUUAUUCAACGAUGUACAGAGAAGAAAAUUGAAACUGUAUUUGAUUUAAUGGAAAUGCAAGAUGAAGAACGUGUUGAAUUACUUCAAUUAAGUACAUCAAAAUUAGCUGAUGUUGCUCGAUUUUGUAAUCGUUAUCCAAAUAUUGAAGUAUCAUACGAAGUUCCUGAUAAAGAUGAUAUUACAUCUGGUAGUACAGUUAAUGUUAAUGUAUCAUUAGAACGUGCUGAUGAAGUAUCAGGACCAGUUAUAUCACCAUUAUUUCCACAAAAACGUGAAGAAGGUUGGUGGUUAGUUAUUGGAGAAUUAAAAACAAAUGCAUUAAUAUCAAUAAAACGUUUAACAUUACAACAAAAAGCUCAAGUUGUUCUAGAUUUUACUGCACCAUCAGCUGGUACACAUAAUUAUAUACUUUAUUUUAUGUCCGAUGCUUAUAUGGGUUGUGAUCAUGAAUAUAAAUUUUCAGUUGAUGUCCACAAAGGAGUUAAUAAUGACGCUGACAUGAAAUAA